GAGAUCAUAAUGUUGGCUGAGGCUAAUGUCUGGACUAACCUAACUCUUUACGAACUGGAAGCACCCAAUGUUUGUUCCCAGAUGAAUGACUGUUCCAGCUGCACCCAAAAUGAUCAGUGCGGCUACUGUGUUCUUUCGCAAACAUGUGUACCAGGAAACUGGCUGGGACCAUCUGAUAUUGAAGCCUGCAGUGGCGGUCGUCUGCAAUACUAUUACGGUCAAUGCGCAGUUUCACACAAGCCAAUUUUGAUCGCUGCCACCUCCCUAGCAAGUAUCAUCGUGUUCACACUGUUUAUCAUUUUCUUCCGGUGCUGCUUUCGAUCACGGAACUCAGAAUAUAGACCACUGCUACCCUCCAGUGGAUCAGGUUUAGUCCGUCGGUCAUCGACUUUUUAUCAGUUCAAUCGAAAUGUACCAGGCUCUCGGCGAAAGCCUUCUUUGACAGAACGGCCAUGGCCAAAUGCGAAAACACUCAGCAGUAAUACGUCGCCAUCCACUUCCUCCCAGUCGAGGCCGCAAAAUGAUGACGAUGCUAAUGUUAGUCAGGAUGUGGAUACUCCACCACCACCCAAUGAUUAUAAAGCUAUCAAGUGGGACGAGAGGAGGAAGGAAUUACUCAAGAAGUAUGGCAAAAGUCCUGAUCGUUAGCUCGUCUCAUAUUAAUCUACCGGCCCUCGUCGUUCAAGCUUGCUUUACGAUAUCGGACAUCUCUUUACUACUGUAAUGUGCCAUACCUUUCAAGUCUUACGUUUACUAUUACUUUUGCCAUUUCCACUUCAGACAUCUUCCCGAAAUAACCACAAAAUCGCCAAUAAACACCAAGCCCAAUUGCA